ACUCGCCGGCUGGUUCCUCCCUUCGGGCCGGUCCCAGGCCAGAGGCUGCCCAUGUGUCUGUCACACGCUGGCCUGGGUCUGUCUGGAAUGAGCCGUUUUACUUUCUCCCUGUACUAGCCUUUGGCCCGCGGCGCUCAGGGCACGUUACCGAGGGGCUGGCUUUGAGCGGCGGGGCUGAGCUUUCGGCCCCUGGCCGGCCGGCUCUGUGCCACCCUUUGGCCAUGGGGAACGCGCUGGGCAGGCCCAGUUGCCUGGGAGACAAGAGCCAGAAGCCCGAGGAGUUCCUGAAAGACGUGGGGCUUGGCCCCGACCACCCGGCGGGGAGGAACAACUGUGACGCCAGAGCUGGGGCCCCUGACAAGUCUCCCCUGAACCCGGUGGUGAUCGAGAACGGCUGGAGCCUGAGCCCAGGCUCAGCAAAGAGGCAGCCGAGCAGCCCCCUGCCCAAGCAAAACAACAUGGAGGUGAAGGUGCCGAACGGGAGCAGGGGCUGCAACCCCCUCAAAGCCCAGCUGGAGGCGGCCUGGACCCCCCCGAGAGGCGCCCCCCCCAGGGACUCGGGCAGCAGCUGGGCCUGGAAGCCCGUCAGCACCAGGGAGGUGACCGAGGUGACCGAGGUGACCGAGACCAUCGUGACGGAGAUCGUGGAAGUGACCGAGUACCCGGGCGGGGAGCCCGUUGUCACCAGGACGGUGAAGGUGCUGACGGAGUGUGCCGGGGAGCGGACGGAGGGUGCCCUGCGGGCCAUCACGCUCCCGGAGGGCUCCCCGAGUGUGGAGCAGGCCCAGGACACUUUGGAGACGCUGCUGACCUGGGUGGCUGACAUGGAGGACCUGGUUGGCAGCCAGAAGCCCCCUUCUUCUGAAGUGAAGGUGGUGAAAGCCCAGCUGCAGGAGCAGAAGCUCCUGAAACGGCUUCUGGAGGAGCGGAGACCCCGAGUGACGUGUGUCCUGCAGGACAGACAGCUAUCUCGUGAGCAUGCUGCCAGGACAAACGGACAGGAGGUGAGCGGGGGCCUCUCAGACCUGCAGGAGAAGUGGGGAAAACUGAUCCAGAAGGCGAACGCCAGACACGGCUGCUUGGAGCGGAUCCUGCCAGCUGCUCAGCGCUUCCAGGAGUCUGUGGAUUCCUUCCAGGAGUGGCUGAGCGCCACCGAGCGGUGCCUGGCCCAGCUCUGGCAUGCCAAUGGCUGCGUGAGCCAGCUGCAGGCUGCCCACCAGCAAAGCCAGGGUCUCUGUGAGGAGAUUCGUUCCAGGCUGGGCGACCUGGAGCAAGCCCUGGAGUGGGGGCAGCAGGUGCUGGAGCUGGUGACAGGUGAGGAAGCCCAGCUGGCCCAGGAGAAGAUGGAGUCCCUGAGGAUGAGGUAUCUGAUCAUGGGGCAGAGCAGUGGCGACAUCCAGCACCGGCUGGCGCAGACCCUGGAGGCCUCAUCCCAUGUGGACUCUGCCCAGGAGGACCUGGCUCUCUGGCUGGGUCGAAUGGAGAAGGAGCUGGGCUCUGGGGACAGCCAGCCAGGUGAUGGGCCGCACCCGGUCAGUGCCAGCGACAGAGAAAAGUUUGAGCAGGUCCUGGAGGCCGAACACGCCCACCUGGCCAGGCUCGGCCAGCACCUGGAGAAGCUCAGGCCGGUCCAGCUGGACGCCCAGGCCAUCUGCUCACAGCUCUCGGCUCAGCAGCUCCUCUCCGCCGAGGUUCUGCACCACCGCGGCCUGGUGGAGCGCCUGCUGGGGAUCUCCGACCCACUGCUCCGUGCCUGGCCCCUGCCCUCACACCAGCACCUGCAGCCGUCAGCGCAGUCCCUCCGGGAGCAAGCCGAGCGGCUCUUCCUGGAGAGCGCAGCCUGCGCAGUGCAGCUGGAGCGGGCCCAGGCCCUGCUAGCCCAGUUCGCUGAGGCCCAUGACGAGCUCACACCCUGGCUGGAGGAGACGCAGCUGGUGGCCGCGCGGCUCUCCCCGGACGCCAUCAGCUGGGAAGCCUUCAAGGAGCAGCAGGACCUGCUGCAGUGUCUCCGGGAGGCCCUUGCUGAGCACCGGCCCCUGAUGGGGAAGCUGCAGCGCGUCUCCGCCCAGCUGGCAGAGCUGAGCCCGGAGCAGGGGGCCCCGUUCCAGCAGCGGUGCCAGGCGGCGGACGAGCAGUACGACAGCAUCCGGGAGCACGUGCGCCAGGCAGCCACGGUGCUGGAAGAUGCCAUCCCGCGCUACAGCCAGCUCACGGAGCGCAUGGACUUUCUGCUGGAGAGCCUGGAGCGGCUCCAGGGCCGGGUGCAGAACCCCCCCGCGGUCCGGGGCGACGCGGCCCACCUCCGGGAGCAGAUCUGCGAGAACAGCCUGGCGCUGGGCGAGCUGGAGAAGCUGGGGGUGGCACUGGAGACCGUGCGCAGCCAGGGGGCCGAGCUGCUGGCCAGCAUGCAGAUGGCUCACGCCGACGCUGCGGCGAAAGUGAUCCAGGAGCGCACGGAGCGGCUGUGCAGCCAGUGGCGCUGCCUUCGCGGGCAGGCCGAGGAGCGGGAGCGGUGGCUCAGGGGGCUGCUGGCGCUGGCCGAGCGGUUCUGGCAGGGGCUCGCUGAGCUGGCCGUCACCCUCACAGACACCCAGCAGAUGGUGCUGGACUUGGAGGAAGCCGGCUCCGACCCCGAAGCCGUCCGGGCGCGGCUCCGCACCAUGCAGGCGCUGCGAGAGGAGAUCGACGCGCUGCAGAACGACCUGGACACGCUGGGUAUCCUGGGCGUGGAGCUGAUGUCGUCCUGCGGCGACCCGGACAAACCAGACGUCACCAAGAGCCUGGACGAUCUCUACUCGUCGUGGCACAGCCUGAGCAAGGUGUGGACGGAGCGGCAGGGCCGCCUGCAGGAGCAGCUCCAGGCCUCGCUACGCUACCAGGAGGCCAUGCAGAGGCUCUGUGACUGGCUGGCCACGGCGGAGCUGCGCAUGGCGGAGGAGUUCCUGGUGGGAGGGGACCUGGAGCUGGUGAGGCAGCAGCUGGCGGAGCUGAAGGAGUUCAAGAGGGAGCUGUACCAGUGCAAGGUGGAUGUGGAGAGCCUGCGGCACCAUGCAGGGGCUGAGGACAGAGGCCCCCCAGCUUUGCUGAGUGACUUCCGGCAGCGCUGGGAUUGCCUGGAGGAGGAGAUUGUCAGCCGCCAGCACCAGCUGGAAGCGGCGCUCCUGGGCUUGGGGCAGUUCCAGAACCAGCUGGAGGAGCUGGUGCAGUGGAUUUCCCACACGGCAGAGCAGCUGCAGGGCCGGAGCCCGCUGAGCUUGGAUCUGCAGAGCUGUGAGAUCGAGCUGGCCAAGCACAAGGUACUGAGAAACGACGUCAUGUCCCACGCCCGGACGGUCCAGUCUGUGAACGAGGCCGGCCAGGGGCUGCUGCUCUCCAGCCUUGGGGACAGCACGGACGCGCUACAGUGCAGCCUGCAGCAGCUCAACCAGCGCUGGGACUUUGUGCGGAGUGAGACCGAGAGCCGCCAGCUGGAGCUGGAGAACAACCUCAGCCAGGUGCAGGACGUCACGCUAGAGAUCAUGGACCUGCUGCAGUGGCUGGAGCACGUGGAGCUGCGGCUUUUCUUCUCUAAGCCCGUCUGGGACCACCCCGAAACCACCAAGGAGAAGCUGGCAGCGCACCUGGAGCUGGCCAAAGAGCUGGAGUCCAAGCAGCAGGCGUAUAACAGCGUGAGGGACCGGCUGCAGCGCCUGCUGGCCUCCUGCAGCCUGCCCCGGGCCUGCCACACCCAGCACAGCCUGCGCAUCCUGGAGCAGAAAUGGGAGAGCGUCAGCAGCCAGGUCCAGGAGAGGAAGGAGCGGCUGGCGGAGGGGCUGACGCUCAGCACGGAGUUCCACAGCACAGCGCAGGAGCUGCUGCAGUGGCUGGGGCAGACAGAGCAGAGCCUGAGUGCCCCGGAGCCGCCCAGUUUCCUGCUGGAGACGGUGCUCAGGCAGGUCCAGGAGCACAAGGCGCUGCUGAAGGAGGUGACGGCCCGCGGGGAGCAGCUGUCCAGCCUGGAGGUGGUGGCCGCUCGCCUGAAGGACGUGAGCAGGAAGCAAGACUGCGCUGUGAUCCAGAGCCUGGUGCUGACGGCCAAGGAGCGGGUGGCCAAGGUGCUGCGGCGUACCGGGGAGCGGGGCGCCGCGCUGGAGGACGCUCGCAAGCGUGCCAAGCAGUUCAGUGAGUCCCGGCAGCUGCUCCUGGACUGGAUGGAUGAGGUGGAGCAGACUCUGGAGGUCCCCGGUGACGUCGCCAUGAGCCAGGAGGAGAUCAAGUGCCAGCUGGCUGAACACAAGGAGUUCCAGAAGCUGCUGCGCUCCAAGCGUCCCGUGUACGAGGCCACGCUGCGCAGCGGGCGCUUGCUGCGGGAGAAGGCCCAGCUGGCCGAGGACGUGCAGCCGCUGGAGGAGCUGCUGGGGGAGCUAAAGGAGCGCUGGGACGACGUGGGUGGCCGGGCUGUGGAGAGGCAGCACAAGCUGGAGGAGAGCCUGCUAUUCUCGGGCAAGUUCACGGACGCCCUGCAAGCCCUGCUGGACUGGCUGUACCGGGCCGAGCCACAGCUGUGUGAGGAGGUGCCGGUUGGGGGGGAUCGCGACCUGGUCAGCGACCUCAUGGACAAGCACAAGGCUUUCCAGAAGGAGCUGGGCAAGCGAGCCAGCUGCAUUAAGAUGCUGAAGCGCUCGGUGAGGGACCUGACUCGGGGCAGCAACAGCGUCGACUCCCAGUGGCUGCAGAAGCAAAUGGAGGAGCUGAGCGGCCGCUGGGACCUGAUCUGCAAACUCUCCAUCUCCAAGCAGGGCCGGCUGGAGGCUUCGUUACAGCAGGCGGAGGAGUUCCACAGCCUGGUGCGCUCGUUCCUGGCCCACCUGGCUGAGUCGGAGAAAACCCUCCGGCACGGCGUCUUCCCGGAGGAGGAGGCGGCCCUGCGCGAGUGCCAGAGCCAGCUGCAAGUGAGUGCCCCCCACCCCAGCUCCUGCCCCACCUCUCCUCCUGGCUGGGUGCAGCAAGGCCUGGAGCAGGGUCCGGGGUGCCAGCUCCACUGCCUCGCACUCUGGCCCCCACCACCCAGUGUCAGCUCCUGCCCCCUGCCUUCGUCCUGCCCCCUGCCGUGCCCCCAGUCCGUUCCUGGCCACGCCCUGGGCAGGGCAGGGCGAAGCAGGAGCUCUCCCUUGGCCCAGACCUGGCCCUAUCCUGCCGGAGAAGUGAGGGGGGCUUUGACCCCUUGUCUUGCCGGGCAGCCUCUGCACCCCCAGGCCUCAGGACCAGGUCUCUGCAGCCACCACGCUGGCACUGCGUCUCCAUCCCAAUGGAGUCCCCUCAGCCCAGCUCGGCAGCCCCCCUCACCUGGAACCCCCCUCAACCUGGCAGCCCUCCCAGCUCGGCUCGGCAGCCCCCCUCAGCCUGACCUGGCAGCCCCCUCAGCCUGGAACCCCCCUCAGCCUGGAACCCCCCUCAGCCCCACUCAGCAGCCCCCUCCACCCUGCUCGGCAGCCCCUCUCAGCCCGGCUCGGCAGCCCCCUCAGCCUGGAACCCCCCUCAGCCCCACUCAGCAGCCCCCUCCUCCCUGCUCGGCAGCCCCCCUCAGCCCGGCCUGGCAGCCCCCCUCAGCCCGGCCUGGCAGCUCUCGGGCAUGCUGUGGAGCUGAGCUGCUCUUGCGCACGGAGCAGGAGCUGAUGAAGACUCUGCAGUGCCAGCAGCUCGAGCUGGAGUGCAUCACGUCCCUGGGGGAGGAGAUCCUGUCUGCCUGCCACCCCGACUCCGUCGUCACCAUCAAGUCCUGGAUCACCGUGGCCAAGAGCCGCUUCCAGGAGGUGCUGAGCUGGGCCCAGCAGCAGGGCGAGCGGCUCCAGGCCCAGACGGCCAGGCUGGCCGCAGAGCGGGAGGAGAUGGGCCGGCUCGUCGACUGGAUUGCAGCUGCCGAGGAGUCGCUGAGCCUGAGGGACCAGGAGACACUGCCUGACGACGCCCAGCAGCUGCAGGAGCUCAACUCCCAGCACAUGGAGUUCAUGGAGGAGCUGAACCGCAAACAGCCGGACGUGGAGAAGGUCACCAAAACCUGCAAGCGCAAGCUGGCCCCGGAGCUGGGGCCGCCGACCACCCGCAGGCUGGCUGCAGGGCGACGCAGCGCUGUGAAACCCACCCGCACCACUCCCCAGGUGCCGCUCAUCGACCUGGAGCCCCAGAGCCCCCCCAUGGCGCAGCUCCUGCACCGCUGGCAGCAGCUCUGGCUCCUGGCCUUGGACCGGCAGUACCGGCUGCAGAGCGCCCUGCAGCGGCUGCGCGAGGUGGAGGAGUUUGCGCACUUUGACUUUGGCGUCUGGAGGAAGCGGUACAUGCAGUGGAUCAGCCACAGGAAAUCCCGCAUCCUGGAUGUUUUCCGAGGCAUCGACCGGGACCAGGAUGGGCGGAUCAGCCAGCGGGAGUUCGUCCAGAGCGUCCUCUCCUCCAAAUUCCCCACUAAUGUCCUGGAGAUGAGCGCCGUGGCCAGUAUCUUUGAUAUGAACAGUGAUGGCUUCAUUGAUUACUACGAGUUCGUCAGCGCUCUGCACCCCAGCCGGGACCCGCUGCGGAGGGUCGCUGACGCUGACCAGAUCCAGGAUGAGGUAAACCGGCAGGUGGCCCAGUGCAGCUGCGCCAAGCGCUUCCAGGUGGAACAGAUCAGUGCCAAUCGGUACCGGUUCGGGGAGUCGCAGCAGCUGCGCAUGGUGCGGAUCCUGCGCAGCACCUUGAUGGUGCGAGUGGGGGGAGGCUGGAUCGCGCUCGACGAGUUCCUGGUGAAGAACGACCCCUGCAGAGUGAAGGGUCGGACCAACCUGAAGAUCAAUGAGAAAUACCUGUCUCCAGAUGCCUUAGGGGCCACGACCGCCGGUGCCGGCAGCCAGUCAGCCCCCGCCUCCAAAGUGCUGUCCCCCAGCCGCUCCAACUCCAGCCUCAGCCUCUACAGCAGCGCCUCAGCCCCCAGCAGCCCCCUGGCCAGGAAGGCUGUCCUGCGCCGGACGCGCUCCGGAGACCGGUGCCCCCGUUCCCGCAGCUCCCUCCUGGCUGACGGGGCUGAGCUGAGCUUCUCCGCCCCCCAGGCCAGCACAGAGGCUGCGCCCCCAGAGCCCCCCGAAGGCCCCCCCACCUGAGAGCGCAGCCCGAGAGCACCCGUCGGAGCGGCCCCCCGGCCCAGCCCAGCCCAAGCCCCAUUCAGGAUUUUCUGCCCUUCUCGAUGACUGCGCCAGCAGAGCCGCUUCCACGCCGCAGAUGUGGCUCCAAGGCGGGAGAGGGUGGAAGACCCCGGCCCCAACCCUUGAGCAGAGAGCUCUGUGUAUGUGUGUGUGUGUGUGUGUGUGUGUGUGUACGUGUACCUCGGGGUGUGUGUGUGUGUGUGUGAGAACCUCGGGGUGUGUGUGUGUAAACCUCGGUGUGUGUGUGUGUGUACCUCUGUGUGUACCUCGUGGGGUGUAUGUGUACAUGUGUGUGAACCUCGCAGGGUGUGUACCUGCAUGUGUACCUCACAGGGUCUGUGUGUGUGCACCUCGGGGGGGGGGAGGGGUUGUCUGCCUGCGCAUGUGUCACGGAGUCCCCGGGCGAUGCUCUGGAACUGCUCCCCACAAAGCCAGUCAGGACUUUGGGGAGCCUCCUCUCCCUCGGAGCAGACUGUCUUCAGGGCAAGCAGCUCACACGGCUUCACCUCCUGGGUCUCUCCUGGGAGCAUUCAGCAUAUGCCCCUCCGUGCGCUUCCCACAGCGAAUCCGCCCAGGCGGGGUCCUGGGGAAGCCAGAGGGUCCUGCACCCCCACUUCGCAGUCAGACGUGACUCUCAGCCAGCCAGUAACACAGAGGUUUAUUAGACGACAGGAACACGGUCUAACACAGAGCUUGUAGGUCCAGCGAACAGGACCCUUCCGUCGGGUCCAUUCUGGGGUCCAGCGAGGCAGACCCCCGUCUGCCCUCAAUCCCCGUCCCCAGCCAGCUCCAAACUCCAAACCCCUGGCCAGCCCCUCCUUCUCUGGGCUUUGUCUCUUUCCCGGGGCAGGAGGUCACCUGAUCCCUUUGUUCACCUUUAGCUAUUCCCUUGCAGGGAGGCAGGGCCCCGGCCAUUUGUUGCCAGGAUACAGAGUGUUCAGUGAUUUAUGCACACUGGAGACUUAAGAAACUGAGGCACCCACACAGUAUUCAGAGGAACAUUAAGAACAGUCCCACUUCGUCACAGCGUGUACCUUGGAGGGUGGGGGGGGGGCGUGUCUCACAGGCUGUGCAUGUACCUGUCUGUGUAAUUCAUGGGGGAGGAGGUGUACCUCAGGGGGCAUGUACCUCAGGGGGUGUACUUGCAUGUGUACCUCACAGGGUGUGUGUGUUCUUGCAUCUGUACCAUGGGAAAGUGCGUGUGUGUGUGUGUGUGGACCUGCGUGUGCAGGGCCGACUCCAGGGUUUUGGCCGCCCCAAGUAGCCAAAAAAAAAAAAAAAGCCGCGAUCGCGAUCUGCGGCGGCAAUUCGGCGGGAGGUGCUUCGUUCCGAGCGGGAGUGAGGGACCAUCCGCCAAAUUGCUGCCGAAUAGCUGGAUGUGUCGCCCCUCUCAGGAGCGGCCGCCCCAAGCACCUGCUUGACAAGCUGGUGCCUGGACCCGGCCCUGUGCGUGUGGACCUCGCAGGCCGUGUGUGUGUACCUCAUGGUGUGUGUGUGUGUACCUGCAUGUGUACCUCAUGGGGUGUGUACACCUGCGUGUGUACCUGCGUGUGUACCUUGGGGUGUGUGUGUGUGUGUACCUCGGGGGGGGAGGGUGCCCACAUGCUCUGCUGAGAGCUCUGCCUGUCCCCAGCUCGCAGGGCAGGGAGCCAGAGGGACCCGUGGGCAGGGCUCUGCUGUGUCCAUCUGUCGUGCCGCUGGGCCUGGCCCAGGACAUAUGCAAACACCCCAUGAAACACACCAGACUGCGCCACCUCCGGGCACUCGCUAACUCCCCCGGCACAGGGGGGAGACGGCUCAGGGUGAAGGCAGAGGCACCCCCAGCCUCCUACGCCUGGAGACAGACCCUGGCAUCUCACCCGGCCCUGAAGACUCUGCCCUCAGCCGCCCUGGGGCUGGAACAGCAGGUGCAAGGACCAGCCCCGUCACCAUGAGCGUAGUCUGCUCUGGUGCUGCACUGUUAAACCUGGCACUGUGGUAGCUAGGAGCCCCCAGCCAGUGCUACUGCCCUGCCCCCCCACAACCACCUGCUGGGAGCCCCCCAGCCAGUGCUACUGCUGUCCCCUCUGCUGGGAGCCCCCAGCCAGUGCUACUGCCCUGCCCCCCCACAACCACCUGCUGGGAGCCCCCCAGCCAGUGCUACUGCCGUCCCCCCUGCUGGGAACCCCCAGCCAGUGCUCCUGCCCCCCCCCCGAGCCCCCUGCUGGGAGCCCCCCAGCCAGUGCUCCUGCCCCUCCCAGAGCCCCCUGCUGGGAGCCCCCCAGCCAGUGCUACUGCCGUCCCCCCUGCUGGGAACCCCCAGCCAGUGCUCCUGCCCCCCCCCCCGAGCCCCCUGCUGCUGGGAACCCCCAGCCAGUGCUCCUGCCCCCCCCAGAGCCCCCUGCUGCUGGGAACCCCCAGCC